ACAAUAACUUUUGAUCUCAAAUUUCUGUUCUCCUUUUUCACAAAGAGGAGAUUACCUUGUUUAUCUUUGUUCUUAGAGCAUUAUAGAUUACAUAAAAUACCUACACAAUAGGAGUUAGUUUAGCAGAAGUGUGUUGAAUCUCGGGGCGAAGUCUACGUGCAAUGUCAGAGGUUUGAAAUUUGGGAAACUCUUUUAGGGAGGGGCUUUAUUGUUUACCAUUUCAGGUCCUAUAGAGUUAGGCUUCUCUGCCUAACCUUUGGCUUACCAGAAAAAUAUAGACUAGCUUUGAAAUUUUUGGAGGAUUUUCGCAAUCAAUGCAUUUUUCUUUUCUUUCACAAAAUCUUGAAACAUAAAAUUCUAAAAAUGAAAACACAAACCAAACACAUUUGGUUUCUCGAACGGUUUUGUUUAUGAGAAUAACAGGUCUGAAUGGAAGAAACGGACAGUAACUUGAGGACUCAAAUUUCUAUUGUCCUUUUUCCCAGAAAGGAGAUUGCGUUGUUUAUCUUUGUUAUUAGAACAUUAUAGAUUACAUAGAAUAACUACCAAUGAGAGUUAGCUUAGCUGAAGUUUGUUGAAUCUUGAGCCAAAACUUUACAUGCAAUGUCAGAGGUAGCCCAAAUUAUAGGGAAGCCGGACUUGGCUCCAGCUGCGUGGGUGAAAAGGCUCGUUACAUUAUGUGAUCAGUCUCCUGCAACUCCAUAUCAGACUCUGAAGAUAGUGCUGGAGAAUGAGCUGGGGCAAGACAUCGUUGAUGUCUUCGAAAGAUUUGAUUUGGAACCCCUUGGUUCUGCUUCAAUUGCUCAGGUUCAUAGAGCAAGACUCAGAGGUGAUAAAGAUGAUGUAGUAGUCAAGGUUCAACAUCCUGGAGUUCAGGAUAUCAUGAUGACAGAUAUCCAUAACUUGCAAGCAUUUGCUUUAUACAUGCAAAAGACAGAUAUCAAAUUUGAUCUAUUUUCAAUAACAAAAGAAAUGGAAACACAGAUUGGAUAUGAAUUUGACUUCAGAAGGGAGGCAGAUUCCAUGCAAAGGAUUAGGAAGUUCUUAUAUGAAAACAAUAAAAGGUCCCCUAUUUUGGUACCUCGAGUAAUUCGAGAUAUGGUUACUAGGAAAGUCCUAGUUAUGGAAUAUAUGGACGGUGUUUCAAUAAUGAAACUUGGUGAUGAAAUAGCAAAAAGAGGUAUAAACCCCAAUGGAAAGAUAGCAACAGCAGCUAAGCAGAAAAUUCUUAAAAGCUUGACCCAAGCAUGUGGUCAAAUGAUUUUGAAAAGUGGAUUCUUCCAUGCUGAUCCUCAUCCAGGAAACAUCUUGAUUUGUAAAGGCUCAGAGGUUGCCUUGUUAGACUAUGGGCAGGUGAAGGAUCUCCCUGAGAAGUUAAGGAUUGGUUAUGCUAAUCUGGUUCUUGCGAUCGCCGAUGGUGAUACUUUAAGAGUCAUUGAGAGCUUUAGGGAGCUUGGCAUAGACACCUCUAGCACAUGUGAAAUUCAUCAAGAAGACAUGUUUAAACUGGCACAACAAAUGUUUGACACAAAAAUGCCUCCAGGGGAGUCGGUGUUGCAGCCUUUCUCGGACGAUUCUUUAAUAAAAAAAAUUGGCGUCCAGGCUUUUCCAGAAGAACUGUUUAGUGUACUGAGAACAGUUCAAUUACUGAGGGGGCUUAGUGUGGGACUUGGAAUCAAUUAUUCUUGUGCCCAACAGUGGAAACCCUUUGCAAAAGAAGCUUUGAACCAAGGUUGAGUUUAUAGGUUAUAGGUUAUAUAUAGUAAUACAAUCCCGUCAAUCCCGUUACGUUACCAACAACAUUUCUGUCAAUUUCUGCCAACUGUUAUUUAUAAUUGUGUUUAAUAGAAGUGUCUUCGUGGAUGUGUUUAAUAAAAGUGUCUUUUUUAUGACUGUAUUUAAUAAAAGUAUCUUUAUAGAUAUAUUUUUUAGAUGUGUCUCUUUAUAUAUGUAUUUAAAAUAUAAUAAUUAAUUAUUAUCCACAAUAAAUUGGUAGA